CUAAGGUGAAACAUUUCUGCUCAUCUCCGGUUACAGGUUUUCACGGGUUUUAAUGAACUCUGCUAAUGUUUCUGAGUUAGUAUGAGAUUGUUGUGCAAAUGUUGAGAAUAUUUUUCCCCGGUAAAGGAUGUUCCAAAGAUUUUUCAAUGACGUCUAAACGCUGGCAGAUUUGUUUAUUCGCAUUCAUUUUAAAUUCGUGCAAUAUGUUGAUACCUUGUAUGGCGGCAUCCGCACAUAUUCAUACGCAUCACACCAGUAAAGCAGAUGUAUCCGUAAAUGAGAGAACAGCAGAUGGGGCAUUUAGUCCGUGGAACAAGGGCCACUAUGUAGAUGGGGAGCAUCAUCAAGAGUUCGAUCAUGAAGCAAUACUCGGAAGCAUCAAACAAGCCGAAGUAUUCAAUAAGCUAUCACCCGAAGAAUCUAAAAGACGCCUGAUGAUAUUACUGACAAAAAUGGAUUUGAACAAUAAUAAAUUAAUUGAAAGAAACGAAUUGAAGGCCUGGAUUCUACGUUCAUUCGAUAUGCUCUCUGCCGAAGAGUCGCGCGACCGGUUAGAUGACGCGGACACAGACGAGGAUGGCAAAGUAACUUGGGAAGAAAUUCUGUUGGACACCUACGGAUCGGAUCCGGAAGACUUAGUACUGGAUGCAAAACUCGUGGAAGACGAUCGAGCUACUUUUCAAGCUGCCGAUUUUAAUAAGGAUGGCUACUUGGAUUCAGAUGAAUUCAGAGCGUAUACACAUCCCGAAGAGACAUCGAGAAUGUUUCCCCUGAUACUGUCGCAGGCCUUGGCAGAAAAAGAUACGAAUAACGAUAGUUUUAUUAGUUUUCAAGAGUUUUUGGGUAAUCGAGCAAAGGAUGGAGAUAAAGAGUGGCUCAUUAUAGAGAAGGACAAGUUUGAUAACGAGCUCGACAAGGAUAAAGACGGCAGAUUGGAUUUAAAUGAAAUAUUGGCCUGGCUUGUACCUAGCAACGAGGAUAUUGCAACGGAUGAGGUGGAUCAUUUGUUUGCCGUAUCGGAUGACGACCACGACGACCAGUUAACUUUCAAGGAAGUUCUGGACCAUUACGACAUUUUUGUCGGAAGCGAAGCGCUUGACUAUGGAGAUCACUUACACGAUAUCGAACGAUUUACGGACGAACUUUGAGAUUCAUUUGUAGUUCUAGCUAAUUAUAGUUUUGUAUUGAUAUUUAAAAAUUGUUUAAGUAAAACACGAGCCGUUUAAGGUGAUGUGAAAGCAAUGUCAAAGAGGUCUCGUUUAUGAAACUUUUCUCCGAACUGAGUGUACCGAAUCGUUUCAAACUUGAAUAUGGAAGCUAUAAAGGUCCUAACACGACAAAAUUUAAUUUUUUUUUUUUAAUUUGGGUAUAGAUGUAUUCAUAUUGAAAAAAAAAAAAUGUAUGAAAUCUCAUGGGUUUUAAGACUUACCUUAAGGCUUCCACGUUCACGUUGUAAAGUUUGAAAUAAUUCGGUCCACCCAGUUCGGAGAUUAGUUUCAUAAACGAUUGACUCCGCGGAUACCGCUUUCACAUCCCCUUAAAAACGUAAUAUCUAAGUAGAGAAAUUGUCUGAAGAGCCUGAAUAGUGUCCCUGUUGAAUCAAUACCUUCAUGCAAGAGCAUCAAAAGGUUUAAUUAUAAAAGAUCCAUCAGGACUGGAAAAGAGCAAUUACAGGUUUUUGAGAUCUCAUCAUAAUUCAUCGUUUUGUUUUGAUGCAUAAAAUAGUCAUAACGCCAAUUUUCUUCGCAGCCUUACAAAACCUCUAGAUUGCAAUAAAAUAUGUCUGACGUACAGGUGAAAGGUUAAAAUGAAGUAUAAAAUAUUCAAUAAAAAUCUUCUUCGGUGA